GUUUAGAAGCGCGCGCAUCUAUCAUCUUCAUUAGCGCGUGAGAUUUGGGGGGUGGGGCGAGUUCUUUUCCAAAAGCGUGCAUCGUCUGUCAUCGGAAAAAAAUUUGUCGGUGAGAAUUCUUUUUGUAUAAUGUUCUAGAAAAAAUAUUCAAGCAAUAAGUUUGUCGCUUUCAAAGAACUAUUUGCAGAUUUUUUUUAUUUUGUGCGUUGCAAUUCGUUUAAUUUUUGUAAUAGUAAAAGUGCUUAAACAAAAAAAAGAAGAAGCAGGGUGCGCAUUUCCAAAUAAGGUGCUCUCAAAUGAUCCAAUCGUUCGUAUCAAUAGCGCUACUAUGUGGUCAUUUACUGAAUUACAAUUCAACAUUAUUACUAGCGGGAAUAUUAAAAUUUGUAUUUAUAGUAUUGUAUUUAAAAAAAAAUUCAUUCAUUCAUUAUAAUAUAUAUAUAUAUAUAUAUACUUUUGCACUGUAAUCAAUAAAAUAAAGUAGAAUAAUGUUUGAUCAUGAACUAUAUAUGUAUGUGAAUCUUUAUAUGUAUAUGUUGUAUACAAACAUGUGAUAGAUUAGAUACAGUUAGUGCGAGAAGAUAGUAGUCAGCGUCAAUUUGUUGACGAUAGCAGAACAAAUAAUUAAGAUGUUAAAGUUAUUCUGUUAUUUAAUUUUUUAGCAGUGCAAUUUAAUAUAAUAUAUAUCAUAUUUGCAAGUUUUUAAUUGAUAUAAUAUAUUUGUUUCUUAGAAUGAAAUAAAGAAACGAUAUAAAAAAAAUAAUAAAUGUAUCUUUUCAAUAAUUAAAAGUGAAUCUUCUUUUCGUUUCUGUUCUAUUUAAAAAAUUCUGCUCUACUUAACUGAAAGAAAUUCAACAGAAAUCCAAUUUCUAAUAUGUUAAUUUUAUAUAUAAAAGAAUCGAAGCAUGAACAAGAAUAUAAUUGACCUAAAUGUAUUUUCCAUAUGAAAAUUUUGUAGGUGCAGAUAUGUCUUUUCGUGUGGUGCGCAGUAGCAAGUUCCGCCACGUGUACGGAACGGCUUUGAAACGUGAGCAAUGUUACGAUAAUAUAAGGGUGUCUAAAUCUUCAUGGGAUUCAACUUUCUGUGCUGUAAAUCCCAAAUUCCUCGCUAUCAUCGUAGAAUCCGCAGGCGGUGGUGCUUUUAUAGUCUUACCGCAUAACAAAGUAGGUCGAAUACCAGCUGAUUAUCCUUUAGUUGGUGGACAUAAAGGACCUGUCUUAGACAUUGCAUGGUGUCCUCACAAUGAUAAUGUCAUAGCAUCUGGUUCAGAAGAUUGUGUAGUUAAAGUAUGGCAAAUACCUGAUGGAGGCAUUUCUAGGACAUUAACUGAAUCUGUGGUAGAUCUUCAAUUACAUCAACGUAGAGUUGGUCUUGUAUUAUGGCAUCCAUCAGCAUUGAAUAUAUUGCUCACAGCUGGAUCAGACAAUCUUGUAUUGAUUUGGAAUGUAGGCACAGGAGAAGCCAUAGUACGAAUAGAUUGUCAUCCAGAUAUGAUUUACUCUGCAUGUUGGAAUUGGGAUGGAUCCAAAGUAGUUACUACUUGUAAAGAUAAAAAAAUUAGAAUCUUAGAUCCAAGAAAUGGAGAAAUAUUAGAGGAAGCUAUUGCACAUGAAGGUAGUAAAGCUACACGUGCAAUCUUUCUAAGGGGAGGCUUGAUCUUUACCACAGGUUUCAGUAAAAUGUCUGAAAGGCAAUAUUCUCUGCGUGCUCCAGAUAUGUUAGGUGAACCUAUAGUAAUGGUAGAAUUGGAUACAAGUAAUGGAGUUAUGUUUCCUUUAUAUGAUCCUGAUACAAAUUUAGUAUAUUUAUGUGGAAAGGGUGAUUCUGUAAUUCGAUAUUUUGAAAUUACUCCUGAACCUCCCUUUGUUCAUUAUAUCAAUACAUUUCAAACUCCUGAUCCUCAACGAGGUAUAGGAAUGAUGCCAAAACGAGGCUGUGAUGUUAAUAGCUGUGAAAUAACUAGAUUUUACCGGCUCAACAAUUCAGGUUUUUGCCAGGUUAUAUCUAUGACUGUACCAAGAAAGUCUGAAUUAUUUCAAGAAGAUUUAUAUCCUGAUACUCCUGGUGAUACUGCUGCAAUUUCUGCUGAAGAAUGGGAAAAUGGAAUGGAUGCAGAUCCCAUUUUAAUUUCUUUAAGAGAUGGAUAUCAACCCUCAGUUGCUAAGAAUGAGUUAAAAAUACAUAAGAAAUCAAAUAUAUUAAGUAAAGGAGCAAAAGUUGCUUCUUCGAAUUCUGCACAAAAUGUUAUACAAUCUUCAGCAGGCAUCACUGAGGAGCUUUUAAAGGAAUUUACGGAAGAAAUAAGAAAACUUAAAGCGGUAAUAGUAAAACAUGAAGGUAGAAUACGGGUGCUUGAAUCUGCAGUUGCUCUUCAUAUGAAAGAAGAUGAAAAAAAAGAAAAGUCAUCUUCGCCUACUGAUAGAGAGGUGCUUGCAUCGGACGAGGUGUAAUUCUUAACUUGCGUUUUAAGAUCACGAUAUAAAAAAAAAUAUAAUUGUGUAAUAAAAAUGGUCAUAUAUUUUGAUAUAACAAUUUGUGUAAAUAGUAGGUUUUAGCUAUUGUGUGUUCUAUCUUUUUUUUUUUUUGCAAUGACUUUUGCUAUUUAUUCUACAUUCAUUCAUCAUACAUCCUGAUCAUUUGUACUAUGUUUACAUCUUUUAUUUUAUUAGAUCAUAACUGAAAUGUAACAUUACUCGUUACUAGUAUUAAGAUUUCGAAUUUUAUUUUAUGUCAAGUAUACAAGAUUUUUAUGUAUAUUGAAGCUUAUAAUUAUUCAGGAUAAAAUUAAUGUCUAAUUUAUAGAAAUAUUUUGCUGUAAAAUAACAAAAAAUUAUUUUAUUUCUAAUAUAAAUACAUAAUUCGCAUGUUAGUCAUAUUGCAUAAGAUAACAAAAAAGAAGAGUCACUAUUUUAUGAACAAUUUGCAAGUAAUAAAAUAUAUAAAGUAUUUUUGACUAAUCUGUUUUUUGACAUUGUGAAAAAAAAUUAUUUGUUUUGUACAAAAAAUGUGAAUAUAAAGUAAUAUGAUUGAUUGAAGAAAA